AUGGAUGAAAAGCACAGAAAUGUAAGGCUCUUGAUAAGUGAAAUUGCAAUGUCGAAGGUUGUUAAAAGACAGCAUUCUUUUGAUAAAAUUAAUGCUACCAAACUUAUGUUUGCUGCAAUUUUCUGUAGGAGAGCACUGAGCGCGCCCAGAAAAGACGGUAUCUUUGCCCUACCAACCUCCGGCAAAUCACCGGCAGACGGCCGCAGCGACCCAACAUUCACUAUUUCCUACCUCACCAACUCAUGUGGGCUAUCCUUAAACGACGCCGUCUUCGUCUCUAAUAAACUGCGCAUCAAAUCGCGACACAACCCCGAUGCAGUGCUGGAUCUCCUCUCCCAAUUCGGAUUCACAAACGCCCAAAUCUCCAAACUCGUAACCAAAUGGCCCCUCGUCCUCCAAUCUCGCCCCGACGAAACCCUUUUCCCCAAACUCCAAUUCCUCCGCUCCAUCGGCGUUCCCGCCGCCGUCUCCGCCGAGAAGCUAUCAGUCUAUCCCAUGAUUCUACAGCGCAGUCUCGAAAAAUCCCUCAUCCCUACUUACAACUACUUGAAAAAACUCCUCCGAUCCGAUAAAAAGGUCGUCAAUGUGUUCGCCAGAUCACCCAGGGCAUUCGUCCACGGCUGCUGUGGCGCGAUGUCUCGCAACAUCGCGGUCUUGAGGGACCGAGGAGCACCGGAGUCUUCGGUGGCGUUGCUGCUCAACAACCAGCCGUCGCUGCUGAUGCUCGGCGGAGAAGCCUUCGCCGCGCUCGUCGAUCGCGCUGCGGAGAUGGGAUUCGAUGCGUCGAAAGUGGUAUUCGUUCUUGCACUCCAGGUGUUUGCGAAUAUGUCUGAGUCGACUCUGCAGCGGAAGAUGGGUGUUUACAGGAGGUGUGGCUGGUCUGAAUCUGAGGUUAUGGGUGCGUUUCUGAAGCAUCCGCUUUGCAUGAGUUUGUCGGAGAAGAAGAUCAAGGGAAGCAUGGAGUUUCUUGUUGGUGAAGCUGGAUUCGAGGCAGGCGAGGUUGCGCGAUGCCCGGUGCUUCUGGGUUACAGCGUGGAGAAGAGGAUGAGGCCGCGGUUGGUUGUGAGUAGGAUGUUGGAGAGGAAGGAGUUGUUGAAGAAAUCAACCAGUUUCAUAUAUUUGUUGAUGAUGUCUGAGGAGAAGUUCGUUAAGAGGUAUAUUGUUGAGAAUCAAGAUCGCAUUCCUCAACUGCUUGAUGUCUAUGGCGGCAAUGUUUCUGUCGAGAUUUAG